GAGAGAAUGCCUCGCCCUCUCUUUCAUUUGCUAGCCUCGCCUCCCCCCUUCGCCCUUACCCUUGAAAGUUGAAUAUCUGCUUCUGCUAUGGCGGCGGCUACUUCCUUCUCUCCCUCCAUCUCCACUAUCCCCUCUCCUAAUUCUUCCUCCAAAACGCACAAAACCUUAGCUACCCCUUCUACUCUUGGCUUCUUGUCCUCUACUUCCAAAUCCUUGAGUUCUCUCAGAGCUACCAGACUCACUUCCCGUAACGGCUGCGGCUCGGCUCUCGCCUCAAGGAUGGUCUCCGUUCCUGCUGUUAAGCCUCUGACUUCUCUGGAUUUCGAGACCUCCGUCUUCAAGAAGGAGAAAAUCUCUCUUGCCGGUCACGACGAGUACAUUGUGAGAGGAGGAAGGGAUUUGUUCAAGUUGCUGCCCGAUGCUUUCAAAGGAAUUAAGCAGAUUGGUGUUAUUGGUUGGGGUUCACAGGGGCCUGCUCAAGCUCAAAAUUUGAGGGAUUCUCUUGCUGAAGCAAAAUCUGAUAUUGUUGUCAAGAUUGGACUUAGGAAGGGUUCUCGUUCGUUUGCUGAAGCUCGAGCUGCUGGCUUCUCAGAAGAGAAUGGCACUUUGGGUGACAUAUGGGAAACUAUUUCUGGAAGUGAUCUUGUGUUACUGUUGAUUUCUGACGCUGCACAGGCGGACAGUCAUGAGAAGAUAUUCUCCCACAUGAAACCGAAUAGCAUCCUUGGGCUUUCCCAUGGCUUUCUUCUUGGACAUUUGCAGUCAAAGGGACUUGAUUUCCCAAAGAACAUUAGUGUAAUUGCUGUGUGCCCCAAAGGAAUGGGUCCAUCUGUGAGGAGACUUUAUGUUCAAGGCAAAGAGAUCAAUGGUGCUGGAAUCAAUUCCAGUUUUGGAGUUCAUCAGGAUGUUGAUGGUAGAGCUACUGAUGUUGCCUUGGGGUGGUCAGUUGCCCUUGGGUCUCCUUUCACUUUUGCUACUACUCUAGAGCAGGAGUACAAGAGUGACAUUUUUGGGGAGCGGGGCAUUCUACUCGGUGCGGUUCAUGGACUUGUGGAGUGUUUAUUUAGAAGAUACACGGAAAAUGGAAUGAGUGAGGAUCUUGCUUACAAAAACACUGUUGAAUGCGUUACAGGAAUUAUGUCAAAGACCAUCUCAACUCAGGGCAUGUUGUCUGUGUACAAUUCGUUUUCUGAAGAGGGCAAAAAGGAAUUUGAGGCGGCCUAUAGUGCCUCAUAUUAUCCAUGCAUGGAUAUACUGUAUGAGUGCUAUGAAGAUGUAGCCAGUGGAAGCGAAAUCCGCAGUGUUGUCUUGGCUGGGCAACGCUUUUAUGAAAAGGAUGGUCUACCAGCUUUUCCGAUGGGGAAAAUUGAUCAAACUCGUAUGUGGAAAGUUGGUGAGCGAGUCCGAAAGUCACGACCAGCAGGUGAUCUAGGGCCAUUAUAUCCAUUUACAGCUGGUGUCUAUGUGGCCUUGAUGAUGGCACAGAUUGAGAUCUUGAGGAAGAAAGGGCACUCAUACUCUGAGAUCAUCAAUGAGAGUGUGAUAGAGGCAGUGGAUUCUUUAAAUCCUUUUAUGCAUGCUCGUGGAGUUUCGUUCAUGGUUGACAACUGCUCUACAACAGCACGAUUGGGUUCAAGGAAAUGGGCCCCUCGAUUCGAUUACAUCCUUACCCAACAGGCUUUGGUGGCAGUUGAUAAGGGCACCCCCAUCAACCAAGAUCUGAUCAGCAACUUCCUGUCAGACCCGGUGCACGGUGCCAUUGAAGUGUGUGCUCAGUUGAGGCCCACAGUUGACAUUUCAGUGCCCCCAGAUGCUGAUUUUGUGCGACCAGAGUUGCGUCAAUCUGGCAAUUGAGCCCUAGAAUCUUUGGAACUUGAGUGAGCAACUACUUAUACAGGUUGUUGAGGCAAAAUUUGCUUGAAUGUACGAGUGAUGUAGUUCUACCUAUAUGUGUUAUUGGGCUAGCCCUAUGUUUUAUGUAAUUGUAGGACCAAAAUUAUGGUUGUUUUGAGUUGAGAAAAUAAGACGUGGGAAUGUAUUUUCUUACUGGUUUUGGGGGUAAUGUCAAAGUUCUCAAUUUAGGAACUAUGAUCCAUCCCUUU